GCUCGGAGUAAAUUAGAACUUGGCAGCCGAAGAAUAUUGGUAGAAAUUUUGUCUUGAUCUAACUACAAUACUAAGUGCAUGAAUACAGCUCUCAAUAGAGUCACUUGAACAGAAUUUUACAUCUGAAAAGAUUCUGAGAGGUAAAAAAAACGAUUUGAUGAUGGCAGAGCUAAGUCAAAAUCAAGAAAACUUUUUAAAACUGAAGAGUCAUCUGGGAGAACUUGAAUUAGCCAGAGCUGCUUGCAGUAAAGAAGAAGACAUUAUUAAACAGACAAUGAAACAAUCGCUUGAUGAUAUAUCAAAUGAAUGUAGAAUGUUCCAUAAAUACAUUGACAACUAUUAUGACAAACUCAAUAAAAGUUUAACAGAUGCCUCAAAGUCAUUUUGCUACAAGUUGAGAAAGCAAAAUGAUCUAAUUCAGUCAAGGAUUUUAACAAUCGAUCCCAUGAUUAAGGCAUAUUCUGGAGUACCCCUCAAUAUGGGCCAAAUAGAGGGCGAUUAUCUGAAAAUGCAGGAAUGUAUGAGAAACGAAAUAGAAACUUGUGAAUCAAUGAGUUUGAGAGCAGAAGUUAGGGCAGAGGACACAAACACUCAGUUCAAAGCUGGGAAAGCUUUAGACACUGAAAUAAUACUUGGAACUCUUGAGAAAUAUAACCCUAAGGAUAUUGAAUAUGUGCUACCCGAAGAAAAAACCAAAGGAUUGAAUCUGUGUGGGGUUACAAAGGAUGAGGAGCACAAAGUUCCCACGAAAGAGCAACCAAACAAAGCCUCACAGAGGAAAAGUAUGACAAAUCCAAAAGAUAAAGAAACAGAAGCCAGCAAGUCUUCUUUGCCACUAUCACAUGAUAAAGAUCAUGUAAAACCAAUAGAACCCUCUGAAGAUCCAAAGCUUCCAAUGUCAAAUGAGAAUGCACCAUCAGGUGCUGCGACAUCUGCUCAGAUUGGUCAAUCAUCAGAAAAUGCAAAGCUUCCAAUUCCCAACACUCCAAGUGCAACAAAGGGAGACCUCGUUCCAUCCAAAAUUCUCAGCAUUAAUCCCAUACCUCCUAUCGUUGAUGACUUAAUCCAGGCUGUGUUCCAUAUCGCUCCUAUUGGAAAGAACAUGUUGAUUGUGGUCAGAAACAAGCAGGCUCAGAUCUUUUGCAAAAAUUUCAAGCUCCGGAAAACCCUAAAGAAGGACUUGAAUCCAUUACGUGCGGCAGUAACACAAGAUGAUCACAUGGCAUUCUCAGAUAAGGAUAGACGUGUUGUUAAGAUAUACCAGCCAGGUGGGAAACAGAGAGAUGCAAGAGAGAUAGGCAAGGGAAAACUAGUAGAGCCUUGGGCAAUAGCUGUCAACACAUGCAAUGAAUUAGUUGUAGCUGACAUCAGUCAAGGCAACCCGAGACUUCUCUACUUCGACUUGAAUGAUCCCAGUGGAAAAUGCAUCAAAAUCCAACGCAGAUUAUUCAAUGAUGCUAUCUACAUGGUAACCAACUCCAAAGAUGAUGUGAUAAUUGCUGAUCACAUUCUGAACACAGUCAUCUGUGUAAAUCGUGAUGGGAAAGUCCAAUGGAUGUAUGAUGAUAUUGUAGCACAACCCACUGUCUGUGUCGACUCAUAUGAUCAUGUCAUCGUUGGGGACGUUGAUGGCGAUAAGAUUGAUUUGUUGUCCCCUGAUGGAAAAUUCAUACGCCGUAUUUUAUCUGCCAAUACGCUCAAUACCCAUGUCAUGUGUGUGGCUGUGGACCAGAAAGGCCAUCUAUUGGUUGGGGAUGAAAUGUCUAACAUUUACACUUUGCAAUACAGAAGAUAA